UUACGCGCCACCGGCAUUGAUAAACGGCUCGGAUGAGGGUAUGUCGUGCAGAGUGCGAAACGUCAGACUGGCGACCAGCGAUGUGAACGGCGACGUGCUGCGACCUGCGUUCUGGGACCUGCGUUCUGCGUGCUGAUGGGUUCCGGCGGGAGCGGUGCCGUUAUCAGGGCUGUUUUGCUCGUCUCCAACUCUCAACUCUCAACUCUUCAUCGUCCAUUCUCCGUCUCUACGUCUGUACGACACUCCGACACUACUCCGCUUCCGCCCGCUCCGCCCGCUCCGCUCGACUCGAAUCGCUCGACUGGAACUUCCCACACGUCGUGACUGGGCAAGUGCAUCGAGUGCGCACAGACGUCAAUAACACGGACUCGAACGCCACUCUUCCACUUCCACUUGUUCCAUUCUCAUCUCCUCGAUCCUACCUCUCACUCUCUCCACUCCUCCAAAUCACUGGUUUUCCUCCCCCAUGAUCGGAAGCAGCUCGGGCACCAUGUCGCCCCGCCGCGGCCUCAGCGCGAGCUGGAACGAAAAGGCUCCCGCGCUCCCCCUCCCGUCCGCGUCUAAGCGUGCGCGCCCCCUCUCCCUCCCCGCGCGCGUCAAGCGGCGCUGGCCCCUCCUCCUCGCGCUGGCCCUCUUCUGCUUCUUCGCCACCUCCUUCCUCUCCUCGCCGGCGCCAGACACAUCGCUCGCCGAGGCACAGCACAACACGCCCGGCCGCGUCGGCACGCCCGGCUCGGCGGACGGGUUCGAGCGCGAAGCCGCCCCCGUCGCAGAGGAAGACGUGAUGGCGACAGACGACCUCUUCGUCCAGCGCCUCGAGGACACAAAGGCGCGCACGCCCGCCCAAGUCGUCGCGGACGAGGACGCGGCGCGCGUCGCGGAAGACAAGAGCGCCGAGCAGAAGCGCGACAAGCUGCGCGCGCUCGUGUGGUGGAUCGCGCGCGGCGGCGUCUUCCCCGACGACUACCGCAUCCCGUCGGCCGGCACGAUGGACAAGAUGUCCCAGAAGGAGUGGGAGGGCCUGCUCGCCGACGUCGAGGGCACGGACGAGCACCUCUUCCUGCACGACUGGGCUGAGGAGGCCAACAUGAGCCAGCGUGUGACCGUGUUCUCAAAGUCGUUCUGCCCCUUCUCGAUGCGCGCAAAGGACAUUCUGUCCGAGUAUCCCAUCGAGCCUGAGCCGUUUAUAAUCGAGCUCGACCGGCGUGGUGCGUUGCUACAGAGCGCUCUCGUGUAAAACACUAACGCCUCCAGACGACAUGAGCACGAUCCAAGACAUCCUCCUCAACCUCACGGGGCGGCGGACGGUGCCGAACGUCAUGAUCCGCUUCGAGAGCAUCGGCGGCGCGGAUGAAACACAGCUGCUGCACCACGAAGGCGGCCUGCGGCGGCGCUUGAGCAUCUCCGAGCCCAAGUUCCAGGACUGGACGCGCGAGCACUAGUGUACUGAGCGGUGUGUGAUACCAACAUUAGACAUGUAGCAUUGUGGCGUGGCUGUGGUAAACGGCAGGCGGCAGGCGGAUGAUGACG